GCCGCGAUAGUGGAUACGAAACGUCUUUAUGGGAUAGGCCAUCAGCUGCUACGAUAAAGUUUCAUUCACUAUCUUGGAACGCCGAUGUUUACGUUGUUAGCAAGAUCUUGUUUACAAUCCGUAUACGUGUGGUUCAUACAUAAACUUUUUAUUAACUAUGACCCUUAUUUGAUAUCCACUAAAUUAAAAAAAAAAAAAUGAUCCAAUAAUAAUUGUCUGAAUUACUGAAAGUUGUCAACAAUUCCAUUGUUAGUUGGUACAUCAGACUUGUACGUCUACAUACGUCUUGUAUUAUUUGAGAACGAUUGACCAUAUUAAAUUUGGUCAAAUAUCGAUAUCUAUGUAUUUCAGUGAAUAGUUUUCUGAAAAAAUUUAAUUUUAACUUAGUGUGCCAACAAUGGAUCAAUUGGAAGAGCUUUCGAGAAGACUGGAGAAUUUCAAAUUUGUUGGUCCAAGUUUGAAAGUACAAAUUCCUCUUCCGACUUCAGUAAAACGAUAUCUGCACAAUAAGGAUAUUCGACCAAAUACGUAAGAAAUAACUCAACAAAAUAGCAUAAAUGCAGUUUAUCUCCCAAACUAUUUUUGAAUUUUUUUUUUUCCAAAACGUGUGUUUUGCAUACUUAAUUUGAUGGUACUUUUUAAGAAAUUCAACCUAUUUAAAAUUCUUAUAUUAAUUUCAGUAUAUAAAAAUAUUUUGUAAUUAAUAUAACAUUUUUAAUAAUUAUCUAUAGUUUAAUUACAUUUUAAAUGUAUUAAAUGAAUCUAUAAAACCACACUGAUAAAUAAUAUAUUAUUCAGAUCUGUAAUGCAAUUUUUGAGGUUCAAUACUAUAGCAUGUCAAAAUAAAAACCAAUGAUCCUAAUGUAAUAAAUUUUAUCUAGAUGAAGAAAUCAUUUGCCACAAAUGUAUACUAUUAUUUGAUCAAUAUUUAAUAUUAAUGUUUCAUUACCUAUAAUAUUAUACAUUUGUUGUUCAAUAUUUUAUUGGUAUUAACUCAAAUUAUUAUUUAAGAUAUAUUUGCAACCUAUAAAAUAAAGUAUUUUUUAAAUAAUAAAGAGAGAUUGGUUAACAAGGAUAAACUAAUUUGUUAAAAUUGAGGAGAAAAGGGAAGUUUAUUAAAUAGUUAUAUUCUGUGUGUAACUACCCUAAAAAUAUUUGCAUGAUCUUUUAAAGUUCUAGUUUUCAAGAUUUAUAAUUCAGGCUGUAUCACAAAGAUAAUAUACCCAUUGUAAUACCUAUUUCCCAAGAUAAUAAAAAUAAUCAAAUUUCUAUUUUUUUAUACCACUCGCAGGGAUAAAAACAAUUAUUUAUAUUUGAAUUCAAUUUUUAUGUUUUGGUAAAAAAACUAAAAACUUUACUUUAUUAUUUUGGAAAAUUUUAAAAUAACUAUUUUAUAGUUUAUUCUUCUGAAAAUUUUGAAGUUUCAACUUUUUAUUGAUUUUUAACAAUUUUUAAAGUUCAGAGAAAAGUACCUAUAACUAUGCAGUAGGCUAUAAUCAUAUUAUUCCAUUGAUUAUUAUUAUUAUGGUUAACUAACUGUACACUUUUAUUCUCCAACAUUUAAAAAAUUAUUUAAUGAAAAUAAAACGUUAAUAUUAUGUCAACAUUUUCAGAAGAAUAAACUGUAUACAAUUUUAUCUUUACAUUUUUCUAAAAUAAUAAAAUAAAGUUAUUUUUUAAGUUUUUACCAAAACACAAAUAAUUAAUUGAAUUGCGUUGAAAUAUAAGUAGUUUUAGUCUUAUCCCUGCGAUUAAUGUUUAAAAAAAAAGAAUUUAAUUAUCCUUAUUAUAUCCAGAAAUAUUGCAAUGGAUAUAUCUUCUUAGGACAUUCUGUAUAUAUGUUAUACAAUAGUUUACUUGUUUUAGGAAAAAAAGGAAUAGUAAAUUUAGUUAUAAAGAUAAAUUUCUAUACAAACAAAAUAUCUAAAGUCAUUUACUAUUAGAGAGUGUAUGAGAAAUCUUUUGUUUUAUUUAAAAUGUUUAUUAAGAUGAUAUUAAAAUUAUCAAAUCUUGGGCAAUAAUAGUAAUUAAUAGGGCUGGGAUUUCAAUUUUUUUCCAAAACAUGCCGUACGAAGUUAGUUUUUUAAAUUUGUUUCACAUAUUUAUUACUAAUAAAUAAAUGUGUUCCACUAUCAAAACUUACUAGUGCAUAUAGUGCUGGAAGAAAAUUCUGCUAGAAAAAGACCACUUAGAAAACCACGUAUGAGAUAAGAGGAUCCUACAAAAAGAAACAGAGAAACUUGAAGCUAGACAUGAUUGAAUGACAAGAUGGUCCUAGCGGUCAAAUGCCUAAGAUAAAAAAAGACAUUUUUAAUUUAUAUUAGUAUAUUGUACAAGGCUAUAACACAUUUGGACAUUUUAACUUAAAUUGUGACUAGUUUAUGCACUAUUUUAUUCUGAUAUUACAACACGUUUGGGCGCUAUAGUUUAUAGGAGUUAAGUACACUAUAUAGCAGAGGUUCCAAAACUUUUAAUAGUACGAUCCAUUUUGGAAAUAAUUAAAAUUUUGACGACCCACAAUAAUAUCAAUGACUCUUUUUUUUUUGUUUAUUUUUCAUUUCUGGAUGAUUCAUGAAGUUUUUUCAGUCGCAUACUCUCAUUUAUAAGUAUAGAUCUAAUUUGUUGGUAGAAAAUUUGUUCACAUGGAAAUAAAAAUCUGCAAUAUUUUUUAAUUAAUAACUAUUUUCCUAUAACUAUUCCUAAUAACUAAUAUACAUUUUCCCAUUUAUCGGGAAAACUCUUGGGAAAAUCAAAAAAUGAACUCCCUAAAUUAUCACUCCAGUCAGAUUUCCUUUUAGAUAAAGUGGCAUCAUCAUAAAUCUGAGCACAAUAAAAUACUGUAAUAUAUUUUUAUUUAAUACAUUUCAUUAAUUUUCCCGUUUUUAAAAAAUAUUGCGUACUAUUGGGAAAAAUCAAAACCGUGAUCUUCAUAAAGUACCUCCCCAAUCAGAUUUCUUUUUAGAAAUGGUGCAUGUACUUGUAAAUCGGAGCGAGAUUUCUGGUAGAAAAGUUGUUCACGGACGAAAAAAAAAAUAAAUAAAUACAUAUCAUUGCAAAACCGAUACAUUCCUCGCUCCGGUCCAGAAUCUAAAAAAAUGUAUUAUUUAAAAAAUAUAAACGCAACCCACUUUAGUACAUAGUAUAUAAUUGAUAAAUAUAAUAUGCAUAUUACUUGUAUGUAAAGGUUUUUUAUAAGAUAAUAUAUUAAUGCACGAUAUUUUACCAUCCACACCAUGCAGUAGACAUUUUGAGUAACAUUCGGGUAGAAACUGAGUUAAACGAUAAUCAAUUCGACUACAUUAGAAAAGUCGGCGGGGGUACUUAAAACCAAAUACGAUAAGACCGAUAACAGGAAUGCUUACGAAAAAGGAGACAUGACGUUAGUACAAAAUUCGAAACCAACGAAAUACAAUAAAAUUAUAUAAUAUGUAGGCCUGUAUGCUAUUUGUUUGGUUUAAUAACGAGCAUGUAGGUACUCGCGCGUAAUUCAAUAUGGCCGGAUACACACUAUUCGACUUACGAGUGCGCCGGGUACCGGGAACCGGACGGCGGCGGCGGACGAAAUCGCAUCCGUUUACGCGCAUGCGUUCGCACUACUGGUGAUCGCCGAUCGAUGAUACAAGUGGUAUACGACACACGUAGUAAACAAAAUAUCGACGAUAACGUUUUGUUUUAACGGCCUUACCGGCCCUGUGGCCCGACCAGAGUGUUGCUGGGCGGUCUUUAGCGCCCUCAAGAAACUCAAUCGGGUUUUUCAUAGGAACGACUAUAAAUAUUUCGUCCAUGAAUUUCAUAUGAACACCGCGCUGGCAUACGGGUUUCCCACAGACAAUGCACCGUGUGUGUACGGAAAAUAAUGUUAAAAUAGUCACAACGAAUUAUUUGCGUUUACAAAAUUAUUAAUGAAAGGCGUCGUUAACUAUUGUCGUGUAAAGGGGUUUGUGGGUCUUUUGUGUGUUCGUAAUUUUAGCACCCUCCCCCCCCAGAUUUGGUGGUCCAGUUGCGUCUAUAUAAUUUGUAGUCACCGCGUACACGUAUUUUCUCGCACAAACACUCCGUUUUGAUUUGAAUGAACGUUACAAUUUACGUUUUAAGUAAUGUUAUUUGUCUACGUUUCCCAUUGGUUUGACAGUAAAAUAUUAUUCUUGGAUAUUACGAUGAUAUUUAUUUGGGGUUAGGUAUUUAGAUAUUAUGACUCGCUGUAUAUACGGCGGGGAUGACGACAACCACGGGGCACAGCGUACAGCAGGACUGUGUGACGUCGGCGUACGACGAUACGGAACGAUUGUUUCCGAUCAAUUUUUUUUUUUUUUCACCCUUUAGGGAUCCCCGGCACCUAUCAGCGCUCGCCGUUCAGUCGCCAGUCGCGCAGGCAUGAGCGUUCCAUUGUCCUCCCAGUGAACUAUGUAUAUUAUUAUUUUGAAUUAUCAUACAAAUAUUUGAUUUGAAACAAGUUAUUUUAUUAAUUUAUUCAUACGUGUUCAUAUCAAUUGUAUAAUAUAUUUAUGUAUUUACCGGUAUACAUUUUUUAUACUUCUCUAACAAAGGUACGAGGACGGGCUAAUAUGUAAUGCCUCUUAUUUCGUAAUUUUUUUUAGAUUUACGAUAAAAUUUUCAUUUGAUGCAUAUUUAAUAGUUUAUGUCGUUGGUUUAGUGUAUGCGAAUACCCGUUCGUGCUGCACUACACCGAUUGUACAAUCAAUAUUUUAUACAUAUAAACUAUUUGAAUACUCCCUUAUUAACAAUUUGACUUGCAGAACAAUAGUUAUAUCAUUAUUAUAUCAAUAAAGAUAUUUUAUAUUUUAUAACCACUAAAAUUUAUAACAAUUUAGAAGCAAAAAUUAUCAACAAAUAUGUUCAAAUAUACAAACAUUGAAUUGAAAUAUUUUGCUUAUAGUAUUUUUAUUUGUUUACUAUAUUGAAAAAUUUUGUGUAAACAACUAAAUUAAUUUCAUGAGUCACAGAACUGUUUAAACAUUUAUUUUAACAUCAUACAAUUAUCUAUCCAGAAUAAUCAUUAAUAAUAAAUAAAUAAACUAUUAGAAGUGGUCAUUUAAAAUAAUUAUACAGACUUAAUAACCUAACUGUUUUAUUAAUAAAACUGAGACACUUGUAUAUUUUAAUAUUAAUUAUUAAUUUUAAGAGUAAUAUACCCAAUAUCUAUUAGUAGUGUACAUUUAAAUAUACCAAAUGAUAGUUAGCAUAAUCUAAAUUUUAGUUUGUCAUUAAUUUAGGUGUCUUGUAUUUUUUCUAGUGAUCCCGGUCAAGUAAUAGAGACAUUAAUAAUUACUCCAAGUAAUACUAAUAACAAGGAAAAUGAUAAAUUAAUAAAUCAAGAAGAAAAAUUUGAUGAAGAAUCACAUGUAGAAAGAAGACCAAGAAGAAGAAACAAAAAUAAAAAACAAAAACUAAAAAUGUUAAAAUUUAUGAGUACUUAUAAUUGUGCUCCCAUGGAGUAAGAAAAAAAAAAUGUAUAUAAAGUAAUCAUAUCAUUAUUAUUGUUUAUUAUUUUAAAGGUCAUUUGCGAAUAAUAACAAUUUUUAUACGAAAUAUAUGUCAUUUGAUGAUGUGAAAAAAGGUUUAGCAAAUAAUGAAUUAUUUGAAGGAACCAUACGUAUUAACCAAAAAUGUAGUGCUGAAGCAUAUGUCCCUUCACCAGUAAAAAGAAGUUUAUACAUUUGUUAAUAAUAUUUCUAACCAUACCAUUAUAUUUUGUAGGAUAAGUCGAAAGAUAUUUUAAUAAACGGUAUUAAAUUAAGGAAUCGAGCAUUGGAUGGUGAUAAAGUUAUUGUGAAAAUAUUAGACAAAUCCGAAUGGAGAGUAUGUUUUCAAUAAUUUGUUCACUUCAAAAUGUGCAAUAUUAAAUAUUAAAAUAACAUUGAUUACAGAACCCAGAUACAGAGGAAUGUCAACGCACUGGUGAAGUAGUUUAUAUUACUAAAAAAAAAGAAGAGAGUCGUGUUGUUGUUGGACAUCUUUUAAUUGAAAGAGGCAAUGAUCAUAAAUAUAGUACAUUAGUUCCCAGAGACCAACGAUUACCAAGAUUACUUGUAAAUACAUCAAUAUGGCCAACUCCAAUCAGGGUGAGAGAAGGAACAAAGGAAUCAGUAGACAUAUUUUAUGCUAUUUUACCGAGUUGGGACACUUGCAAGAAUCCUUUAGGGUAUGUACAUUUUAAUAAAUGUAAUUAAAAAUAUGUAUUGUUGUUAUUACAUAUAAACCUACUUUUAGGAUAUUAAAAGGAGUUUUAGGUGAAUCUGGAGAAAUAAAUGCUGAAACUAAAGGUUUGUUAUUCACAUAUAAAAUACAAGAAGAUCCUUACCCAAUAGAUAUCGAUAAAUAUUUCCCUCCUCCAUUUUCUGUAGAAGAAGAACUAAAACAGAGAAAAGACUUCAGGUAUUUUAUUCGUUUACAUAAUCGUAUUAUAAAUAUAGAAUUUUUUUUUUUUAGAAAAGAUUGUAUUUUUUCCAUUGAUCCACCUACUGCGAAAGAUCUAGAUGAUGCGCUUUCUUGUGUAUUGCUACCAAAUGGGAACUACAAAAUCGGCAUUCAUAUAUCAGACGUAUCUCAUUUUGUUAAGCAGAACACUCUACUGGAUACAAUUGCAAAGGAAUUAGCCACUAGUGUAUAUUUAGUACAAAGAGUAAGUUUUUAAAAAAUAUAAUCAAUCUAUUUAUGUAUUUUAUUAUGCUAUAUAAUGUUUUAAAUUGUAGGUGUAUCACAUGCUACCUCCUGCCUUAACAAUGAUGGCAUCAUUGCUACCAGGCACUGACAAACUCGCUGUUUCUGUUACUUUAGAAAUGACACCAGACGCUGACAUAAUUAGCCACUCUUUCAAUCGAUCUAUAAUACAUUCUUGUGCUCAACUUCAUUAUUCACAUGCACAGGUAUACUUUUUAUAGUUAAAUUUCUAAACCAAAUGUUUUUAUUUGAUAAAUUUUUUUUAAUAGAUUUUUUUAGAAAAUCCAGAAAUAAAAAAUUGGGACGAGUCUGAAUUUCCUGUAGUACAUAAUGGUUAUACUAUCAGUGAUUGUGCAACAGCUGUAUGUCACUUGCACAAGCUUGCAUCAAAAAUGCGAAAAAGACGUUUUGAUAAUGGUGCACUAGCGAUUAACCAACCAAAGUUAGCUAUUGAAAUUGAUAAAGCUACAUGCCAACCAUUGUCAUAUACGUUAUAUAUUCUUCAAGAAAGUAAUUGGUUAGUUAAAAGUACAUUUUUAUCAAUUUAUUUAAACACUUAUAAUUUUAGUAAAAAUAUAAUCUAUCAAUUACACCUUUGAUAAAAUAUCUGAUUUUUUACAUAUUUUGGUUAAAUAUUAAAUACGGAUUAUGGAAUUAUGAUUCACAUAAUUCAGAAAUGUGAUUAUUUUCUAUCAGAGUUUUUUUGAAUGAAAGGAUGUGUUUGAUGUCUUUUUUUCAUGCACAUUAAUUCCUUUUUUUUUUUUUAGUGAUUUUCAUUAACAACUUAUGUUUAUUUGUAGAGCAUUGUAACAAAUUUAGUUCAUGCAGAACCUAUGUCGUGUCUAGUUUAAUUUAAAAUUUAAGACUUGUACACAAUUUUAGUAGAAUAAUGUUCUCUGAUUUUUUUUUAAAAAAUUAAAAUCCAAAUUAUUUAAAACUUUAAAAAUUUGUUACUUAUGGAAUAACAGUUAGUAAUUCAUAUACCUAAAGUAAUGUAACAAUAAUAUUUUUCAUUCUAUAUUACAGGUUAAUUGAAGAAUUUAUGCUUCUUGCCAAUACAUUAGUUGCUGAACAUUUAAAGACACAUUUUCCAACCACAGCUAUGCUCAGGAAUCAUCAAUCGCCUGACCAUGUUAACAUGGAAAAAGCGAUAAAAACCUUGAAGGCUUAUGGCAUUGAAAUUGAUGGGUCAUCAGCCGGUUCUAUUCAUAAAUCUAAAGUUCUUUAUUGCCAAGAUGAAAAGUCUGAGAAUUUCCAUCGGGAUAUUAUCAUAAAUAACAUUUUAUCCAAGCCCAUGAUUGUAAGUAAAAAAAAAAAAAAUUAACCAAUUAAAACCCAACAAACUAUGUACUUAAACUUUACUACCUAAAGUAUGUAACUUCAUAUUUCGAAAAUAGUAUAACUAUUAAUAUUGUAUUUUAUUAGCGUGCCGAAUACUGUGUAAUUUGUCCAGAAGCUGACAUGUCGCACUAUGCUCUGAAUGUACCAUAUUAUACGCAUUUUACAUCACCUAUUCGUAGAUAUCCAGACAUAGUUGUACAUCGUUUACUUAUAUCGUGGUUAACUGGUCGGCCAAUCAAGGAGUAUGAAAGACCUGAUGUUAUCGAUAGGUAAAAUAGUUAAUAUGUUCUUCAAUUAUGAUAUAUUUGAUAUAUUUUUUUGUCUGUGAAUUUAGUAUUGCUACAAACAGCAAUGAUAAAAAGAAUAACGCCAAAAAAGCAUCAGAAGCCAGUUCAGAAUUAUAUGCUGCUUGUUUGGUUGGCAAACUAGGUGGCCUUGAAGAAUAUGCAUCGGUAAUGGAAGUAAAGGAACAUUAUUUUGAAGCAACAAUUCUCACAAUGAAUAUUAAUGUUAGAGUUUAUGUUAAUACUGUAAGUGGUUGAUUAGUUAAUCAGCUAAAUUUGAUUUUUUAAUAAAAAUAAUUAUUUUUCAGCUUUCACAUCAAUCAGGUGCGUUACAUAAAUCUAGUCAUUAUUCUGUUAUUAACAACAAACCAACAUUAACAAUUACUUGGGAUGAAUUAAAUAACAUUAAGCAAACAAUACAAAUCUUUACCAGAGUAAAAUUGAAUUUAAUGAAGAAGACAAAUUGUUUGAUGCUGAAAGCUAUUUUAAUUAGAGACAAUUAGAUUUUUUUUCUCCUGUAAUUCUAUGUUUAGUUAAAACAUUUUAAGAUAUUAUCGAGAUAAUUAUAAUUAUAAUUAUAUAUUUGUAUUAUAUUAUAUUAAUAUUUACUAAACAAGUAUUUUUAAAUUGUAAUCAUUAUAGAUUUAUAUAUAAAUACAUUUUUUUGACAUUAAUAAUUGAUAGUAUGUUGAGGCACGUACACAGAAAAAAAGUUGAGGAGAGGAGAUUCAUAAAUAAAAAAUUAAAUACUUGGAUUUCGAAUUAAUAUUUCAUGUAUUUUUCAACUUUCAGUGUUUUGAACUGAAAUUUGAAAAACUUUCUAACCCUAUCCCUCCUUUUUCCUAUAUAUUUCUGUCUGUUUAUAUUAUAGUAUAAUUUUUCAUAUUUUAGAUUAUUUAUUAAUGAGUAUUAAAGGAACGGAAAGUGUGUAAUAUAUGUAUCAACAAAUGUGUGCAUAUUUCAUAUUAUGUUUUACAUUAAGAUACAAUAUAAAGUUGAUUAAUUUUAUAAUUAUUUUAUUUUUUUAAAGUUGAAUAAUAUUUAAAUAUUAAUAUAGAUUAUUUAGGAGUAAAUAUAACUUAAUAUACAUUAAUUUACCUUAAAUAAUAAUAUAUUAUAUAAAUAUAUUAAAGGUUUUUAAAAAAAACAUAUUUUACACAAUUUUUUUUACAAAUAAGAAUAAUAAUAAUAUUAUCAAAGAAUUGAAACAAUACACCAAAUUAAAUAGUUUAUUAAUUUCGGCCUGUAACCGGGGUUGUAUGGUUAUAAUUUACAAGUCUCCUGCCCACUAAAUAUUUAUCAUUCUUAAUGUGUUCAUAAAGCCUUUUAAACUGGCGCACCUGCAUUAACAGACCUUUAGUGAUAAUUAUUGAUGCCAUAAGAGUCGGGUAUAUUCGUCUGGCAAUUAACAAUCUCAGCAUUUUGUUAUUGAUUCCUAUUGGUACUAAAGAAUAUGCUAUUACAUAUGGUAUGGCAAGAAACAAACUGAGAACGGAAAUUACAGGAAUGGCCAAGUCGUUCAUCAUUACAUUUAGAUCCAACCGCAUGAAGCCAUCUCUGUAAGUGCGUUCUAUGGCUCGUCUCAGUUUCCAAUCAGGUCCCAUCAAAGUAAUGGCACAUGCGAUUUUCAUGUACAAUACACCCAGUGCCCAAUCUUGCCAUGCCCAAAGCACUGGUGUAUGGUGCAGAGGAACACGGAAUGGAACGACCAUAACGAGUUCAAGCAGUAGACCAAACAAAAAUGGUAUUAUGCCAAGCAGCACGAUAAAUGCAACUAUAGCUUUUAAACCAACUUUGAUCCAGAACUUUAAACGAUUUAAAACAACUGUACGGCCUUCAGGCAUCCAACCUGCUACAAAAAAGUAAGCUCUCACCGACAACCAACAUAUGUAUGUACCACACGCUGCUGUAUAGAGUUCGUGUAUAUUGGGUGCUUGUGAUGGUUCAGAGGUAGUAGGCAAUAGUGAUGGCCAAAAAGACAUUGCUAAGCGACCCAACCACACAGGUAUCGUAAUUAUUGAUAAGCUGAUAAAUACCACUGAUAUAGCCAUCACUAUUAAUAAAACUAUCAGACGUAAUACAAAAUUAUCAGGUCGAGAGUAUGGUCGAAAUCCAACUGGGCCACCACGUCUUAAUAAUCCUUCGUGAGCUGCUCCCAAAUCUGCUGCUGGCGGAUGUAUAGGCGGUACAUCAGGUUGUGGUUCUCGUCUGUCUCCAAUUAGAUAAGAUGUUAAUCCGAGACAAUACGAAACGGCGAAACACCAAAAAUAUAUGCCUAAUCUUAACCAGUUACGAGUGUGUGUUUGUUCCAAUAAUGCUGGCAAUAUGACUUGGAGAAGUAACAACUCCAUAGAUAAUUCAUUCACAGAAUCACUGUGCAGAGUAACAUUGUAUGGUAAAAACGAAGGCCAUAUAAAUUUAAGAAUGCGUAUCGGCAACCAAAUGACAAGAAAAACAGCUGUACCAAAAAUCAUUGCCGAUGCAAUAAGUCUCCGUCCGUGUUGGAACAUACCUUGUUGUAUCAAUUCCUAUAAAG